AUGAGUCAAUCUGGGCCUUCAAUAUGGGGAGCGGAUGAGGUUGGCGAUGAUGAGGAGACGUAUGAUCAGGACUCGGCACGCAAGUAUGCGGUCAUAAUCGCGAUUGAGACGACGGAAUCGAUGCUAUCCUGGGUACCUAAAUGCGAGGAAGAUGCAGAGACUGCUGGAUCCAACGAAUCAAGCUGCUGCUUGCUAGAAACAAUUAAAGCUGCCUACCAACUGAUGAAGAAAAAGAUCAUAUCGAAUCCGAAAGAUAGCAUUGGGUUGAUGAUUUUCAAUGCGCAAACUGGUUCUGUGACGGGCUCGGACUCUUGGUCAGCGUGCAAUUUUUUGCUGGAUCUCCAGCCCGUCGACGCCCCAUCAAUCAAAAAAAUCAAAGCAUUAAUCGAAAAAUGCGAACGUGAUCCUGAGGAAGUCAAGAGAAUGUUUGCGCCACGGGCGAGCCAGCCAAGUGAAAUUCAUCAGGCCCUGAAAGCAUGUCUAAAUCGAAUCUCGGACCGCUGCGCAAAACAAACUGAGAAACGAAUCGUCUGGAUCACCGAUAACACUUGUCCCCUGACAUCUUCAAACAAACCGAUCGAUACUAUGUAUAGGGAUCUAAGGGAAAUUGGCGUCAGCUUUGACUGUUUUUUCAACCAUCCUUCGACACCACUCCAUCCAGGCGAUUUCUAUACGUCAAUUGUAGAAUCCUAUAGAAGCUCCAAACCCGAUGCUGACCCAUCAGGCCCAGCGGCUUCACUCUCAUUGUUGGACUUGGAUCUGAAUUCAUGGGGCGAAAAAAUUCUGAAGGAAGUCUUGAUCCGUAGAAUGGAUAAAAGGAGUGCCUUUAAAAUUCCUUUUAAAAUUGGGGAAGGCAUGGAAAUUGGUGUUGGAGGCUUUGUAUUAGCAGUAGAACAAAAAAGGAAGGCAGCUAUUCUCGUGGACCCACAUACCAGCUCCAAUGAACAAGUCAAAGUUCUCACCGAAUAUAUAGAUGCAGAUUCAACAGCAUUGGUUGAUAAGAAAGACAUCGUCAACUAUUUUCCUGUGGGAGAUACCAAAGAGCUGAAAACCUUUCGCAGGGUAAUUUUUACCAACGAUGAAAUUGAAAGGAUGCGCACGUUGGGCCUGGAAAAGGGCUUGGUACUCCUAGGCUUCCGACCACGAGAUGAGCUAUCGUGGACACAUCACGUUAAGCAUGCUUAUUACAUCUACCCAAACGAAGAUACAUUCGUGGGUUCUACAAGAGCCUUUUCUGCUCUGCUUCACUCUAUGGCAAAGAAGGAUAAGAUCGGCUAUGGUUUGUUACGCAGUCGCAAGAAUGACACACCAACACUUGUGGCCAUUUUACCGCAAUUGGAAGUCUUCGAUGAAGACUCUAGAACCCAAUUGCAACCCCCUGGGAUGCAUUUAUGUAUAUUGCCUUGGGCCGACGAUCUCAAUCCACCUCCAACAGUAACUCAACUGGAUUGUUUGGAACCGGAUGAGAACAGCAAUCAUAUUACUCAGCUUGCCGACAAGAUUGUGCGAAAGUUAAGAGUAGAUUAUAUGCCUCAAAGAAUUCUCAACCCCGCUCUCCAAUAUCAUUAUGACUUCUUGGCAGCUAAAUACCUCAACGAAAAGUUCGAACCUGUUGAGGACCAGUCAUUACCCUGGUAUCCGUUAAUCAAAGAGCGCUGUGGGUCCUUGAUUAGAGAAUUAAGGGAAGAAGUUGAUAAGGAUCCGCGGGCAGCAGAAAGUGUGAUUCCUGAGAACUCCGUGACUAAAAAACGACGCCGGAUCGAAGAUGGAGAGGGUGUUGACGUCGAAGUGGUUGAAUCCGCAUUUGCUUCUCGGAAAGAAAAUAAAUUGACCGUAUCGCUGCUAAAGGAGUACUUGAUAUUUAAGAAAGAAUUACCGAUCAGUGGAAAGUACCCAUUGAAAGCGGAGCUUAUUGAAAUGGCUCGAGCUUUUCUCACCAAGGAGCGUACCAAAUCUGCAUCUGGCUCAACAAGUACCGGAAACCCUAGGAAAAAGAAAGCAUAA